CGUACACACAUCACAAGGAGUAGUUGUGCGGGUUUUUUUGGCAUAGAUUAACCAAAAAAGAAAAAUAAAGAGAAAAUACGGCAAAAUUUAUAAAAACUAAGUAAAACAACAAAAGCAUAAACAUUAAAACAAAAAUUGUGCGGAAUACUAAGAUUUAUAGAAAUAAACAAAUAGUGAAGUUUUGUGUUUUUAAAAGUCUUAAAUGAAGAAAACUAACAUUAUUGGAUAUAACUAAAAACCAAAUACAAAGUGAAAAAAAAACUUUACACCAAAAAAUUUUCAAAAAGAAGACAAACCUAUUACACCAUUGUCAUGUCUUCAACAUCAGCCUCACCCAUCAGCAAUAUCACCGUCGAUGAUGAGCUGAAUCUCAGAGAAGAAUUCUCCACGGAUUAUUUGAAUAUCAAAGAGGAACGUGAAAGCAGUAUUUCACCGAUUUUGACUCCGCCCCAUACGCCGACGGAUAUUUCUACUAUGCGUAGAAAUAGCACCGGUUUGGCAAGCAAAGAAAAUUCUGCUCUAUAUGAAAUGGAGCAUUUGAAAGGCAAUCAACAAAGUGCAACAGCAGGGCCAGCAAGUCGUGGCUCCUAUGUCAGCAUGAUGGAUCAGCAACAGCAACAACAUCAGCAUCGUUUGUGGCUACAAAUGCAACAGCAACAGCAGCAGCAGCAUCAGCAACAUCAAGCCCCAGUCUUGCCCUAUCCCCCAGGGGCAAAUCAAUUUUUGCAUGCAGCCGCCGCCAAUGCUGCCGCCGGCACCAGUGAUCCCUUGGCUGCUCAACAUCAGGCCUUGCUAAUGAACCAAUGGAUACGCAAUGCCGCCUUGUAUCAGCAGCAACAUCAUCACCAUCACAUGCAUGCCCACCAUGCUCAUCAUCACCAUGGUCAUGCAGCUUUACAUGGUCAUCCAGCAAUGCAUGGCAUGCGCCCCUACCCAGCCGCUUUGCAUGGCUUACAUCCCGCUGCCGCAGCUGCUCGUUUGGGAGCUUGUGCCGUGGCGGGUUUGCCACCAUUGAAAUUGGGUGCCGCCGGCGGCAUGGGAGCCGGCACCAGACCCAAAAAGCAAUUCAUUUGCAAGUACUGCAAUCGCCACUUUACCAAGUCCUAUAAUUUGCUUAUACAUGAACGCACCCACACCGAUGAGCGCCCCUACUCGUGUGACAUCUGCGGCAAGGCUUUCCGUCGGCAAGAUCAUUUGCGCGAUCAUCGUUAUAUCCACUCCAAAGAGAAACCCUUUAAGUGUGGCGAUUGCGGCAAAGGCUUUUGCCAAUCACGCACCUUGGCUGUGCACAAGAUAACCCAUCUGGAAGAGGGACCCCAUAAGUGUCCCAUAUGCCAUCGCUCCUUUAAUCAAAGGGCCAACUUGAAGGCCCAUCUACAAAGUCAUAGCGAGGGCCAAUUGGCCAACAGCUCCUUGGAGGAGGCGGAAGAGGGCCAUAAACUGAAUGACAACUCAACCCAGGAAUUGAAUACAAGUCAACCUGAAUCGUUGAAUAGCUCAGGAUGCUCGGAUUCAGCGCAUCAUCACCAUCAUCAUCAAAAUUACCAACCCUUGACUGUUAGUCCUGUCUUGGAUCUAUCCUCCUCCAGUGUACCAGCUUCGUCGUCACUGAAGCCCAAGCGUAGUUUGGGUUUUACUAUCGAUGAAAUUAUGAGCCGCUAAAGAGGUUGCUGCUGGUCCCCCCAUACAAGAGAGUAUUGGUUUUCAGUUAAACGCACACAAACACACACACAAAAGCUUAUGCCAGCUUGAAGGGACUGGCAAGGGGCUAUUGGCUAUGUGAUGAUCCCUCUUUGUUUUACUAAGCAAAAAAAAGACGGGCUUUAACUUUCAAUGGAGAAGAUGAGUUGUUGGAAUACAACCAUGCACACACACACACACCCACACACACUCACAAGGAAGAGAAACAAUCUGCCACAAUGAUGAAAUUGAGAAAGUUCAUAAAAGGCAGACUUCCCAGCCGAAGCGGCUUAAUGACAGUUAAAAGUUUGAGAUGCUAAAUAAAAAGGCUAAGCAGUUGAUUUUUGAUUUAAAACAAAAUCAAAAAGGAAACAGAAUAACAAAAAGAAGAAGAAAAAUUAUAUUCAAUUGAAGGUCACUGAGAGAAUAAAUUCAACUCUAUCGCUACUGCACCUCACGUAAGACAUGCACCACUACGUGUUAAACUACAGCAGUAGCAAACAUUGACAAGAGGUUAACUAAUGAGAGGUUUAACCCAAUGAAGGAGAGAUUUUCCAAGGGCUCUCUUUCUCUCCCACACUUUAACACACACACACACACACCGAAUCCCUUACCAAAGAAGUUAAGGAAAUCAAAACCAAACAUAAGAAAUGUUUAUUGGCAUUCAACAUCAACAACAAAUUAUACAUGGCAACGCAACAAACGUAACGUAGUAUGUUCAGUUAGUUAACCCUUAAGAAUUAACUGAACAUGCCCAGCAUAAAUUAAAACAGUUGUUGUUGGAGCUGUGUUUUUAAUGGCAUGUUCAUGCCACAGUCAGUCAUCGUUAUCAUUAUUUAUUGCUAUAUCCCCCCACCCCCCCUCCACAAAUCCAAAGCAAUAACUCCACAUAAACACAAAAUGACAUACAUAAAAAAACAUAUGCACUCAGCUAGGGUGUAGAUAUUAGCAGCAAUAUAAAAUAAAAUAAGAGAAAAUAUUUGUAAUAAUUGUUACCUACCUACCAACAAACCUACCUACAAAAACAAGACCCGUAUACCAAAGCACAAUAUAUACCUAUUUCAAGUAUUUUUUAAUUUUGUUUUAUAUAUUUUUUAAUCAUUUUUUUUUUCUUGUAUUUAGUUCAAUGUAGUUAAUACAAUCCAAAUAAAACAGUUACAGUACCGAAAAUAGUAAUAAUUUUAAGCAGAGUAAAGUCCUUAAAAAAAUACGGCUACGUUUUUUGAAUGGUAAAUAAUAAAAAAUGUCCUCAAAAGAACUCAAAAAAUUUUUUUGGUUUUUUUUAGUAAUUCAGUGGGUUUUUCCCUUUAGAAGGGGGAAAGUAACUAAGAGUGUGAGUUUGCUCUCUUUUUGUCUCAUUUGGAAACCUUUAUUGCCCCAACUCAAUGUCUCAUUGUGUACCUUAAUAGUUUAUAGUUUAGUCAAAUCCCUUAUAAGAUUGAUAUGUACAUAAAUUAUGAAAAUAAAAAAAAAGAAAUAUGUGGGCUCUAGCCUCAAAUCCUUAAAUAAAGACUGUAAAUGGUAUAUAUUUCUAUUUAUUUAUUAUUAUUGUAUAUACUAGCAUACAUGCAAACAUACAGAUGUGUAAAAAUAUCAU